AUGCAGUCACCACAUGCGCCGAUGCGAACUCGGUGCGCUGCGUUGGCCAGCUCUUUGCGCGGGCGCGCGUGCUUGCCGCACUCGACCUGCCAGCCCGCAUGCGACCAUGUCCGCCAACGCUGCAAUACCACGUCGUCACUCUGCAACGACGCGAUGGACGCAGCUAGAAGUGUCGAGCAGCAACUCGAACAGGUGUCGUCGACGUACGGGCAGCUCAAGCAGCUCUAUUCGCGCAUCUCUCGGACUCCGUUGGCACUGUCUCUUGUGGCACGGCUCGGCGCGAUCCUUGGCGUAAACGGCUUCAAGAACGAGGCCAUUGAAGCAUAUGCGCGGGGGUUGGCUAUGAACCCAACGCACGCACCGGCAAUUGCAGCGAUUCACGACCUGGCGUCGGCAGCGACGACGACGCGAGCAGUUCUAUCCAGCUUUCCCGAGCUCGGACCGCUUCAGACCGCCAUCCUACACGAGCACGCGCAGGGUCGACUGCACGAGGCGCUAGCUCUCAACCGCAUCGCGCUCUUGCUGUUGCCGCAAGACGGGAAUAUGCAUACCAACGCCGGCGCCUUUUACUAUGAGCUCGGCCGCGACGACGACGCCCGGCGCCACCUACUGCAGGCGAUUACCAUCGACCCACGCAGCGUCCACGCGCUCAACAACUUGGCCGCUGUUGACGAGCGCACGGGGCAUGUCGACGCUGCACUGCAGACGUACGCAACCGUUGUCGCCUUGGCCCCCGAGUACGCACACGGUCUCUACAACUAUGGCAACGCGCUGUUGAAGCGGCGGGCGUGGCAGGACGUCGUAUCCCUCUACUGGCAACGACUUGGCUUCAUCAAUCACGUUGCCCGAAUGCCGUCAAUGUUGGCGAUGCAGGCGCUGGUGCAUGUGCUCUUGCUGGACACGAUGCCGUCGCCCGUCGCCGACUGCACCCAACGACUGCUUCGCGACAUCUACGAUGUGAGCUUCGCACCCAACACGACACUAAGCGCAUUGGCCGACGCCACGGCGGCCUACGAACGCAGUAUGAAUGUGAUGGCGAUCGCACUAGGCCACAUGCUGGGGACGCCCGGCGCCGUCUUGGACCGUGUCUGUCGGUGCGCAUCCGUCGCCGUCGACGCACCACGCACCGAAUCGGUGCACCUCAUCGUGCAGUACUUUACUGCGUCAUCUCCGGCGCGCCAGGCCGAGUUGGCACUCUGUCUUGACCGCAAUCUGCAGAAUCUUGCAUUGGCAGCUGUCCAUGUCCUAGUCGAGCACGUGGCCGACUACGACCUUCUGCUUGCAUCGGUGACGCCGACAACCAAACUGCGCGUGCAUGUGCUCGGCCACCGGCUAUCGUUCCGAGAUGCGUUUGCCUAUGCCAAUGCACAGGACAACGUUGACAUCGUCUGGCUGCUGGCCAACGCCGACGUGUACUUUGAUGCGUCCGUGGCGAUGUUGCAGCAGACGACGGCGCACCAGGUCGUGGCGCUGAAGCGGUGGGAGCGAGGGGCCAGCGACAGUGUGUUCUUCUUGCACCCCCGCAUCGACUCGCAGGACGCUUGGGCGUUCCGUGCGCCGAUUUCGGGUGCGGACUUGGCGGUGCCGCUAGGCUACCCACGCUCCGACUCGCACGCCGCGUACCGGUUGCGCCAGCUCGGCUACGACGUAGUCAACUGGGGCGUCUUCGUACGCACCAUGCACGUGCAUGCAAGUAGCAGCCGGUUGUACACCGAGACCGAGACCAUCCGGGGCGCGGACGCCUACGUGCGGCUGGCAUCGUCACUGCCAUCCAACUCGAUAUAA